GGCAAAUUAAUUUGGAUUCACAAAUUCAACGUGAUUGGAGAAAGAGAGCACUCUGUUUUAAGGAGGGUAUAAUUCUUAUCACAAUCCCUUAUUGCGUUAUUGAUUUGCUAACUUUCAUCAAGUGUGCCUUGAAUGCAUUCGGUUAUCUUCCAGUACCCACCUAG